AUUCAAUGCGAUAUUUAAGUACGUCAAUAUUUUGAGAUUUAAAUAUACCAAUGUAAAUAGUUAAGGAUUAAAAUAAAAUGGAUUUACUUUUUUAGCUUCACAUAGAAAAAUAUCAUGAAGGUGUCUUUUGCUUUUGCAUUGUUAUCACUUGCCUAUGCAACUCCUGAACAGUCCGUUCUAGAAUACUUCCCGGUAUUCAAUGAGGCAAAAUCUAACAUUGAUGAGCUGAAGCAGUUGAUGGCUGACUUAAAAGCAGAGGUUGAAGAUUUGAAAGCUGAAAACCAACGACUCCGGGAGGAACUUAACGCAACGAGAGUUGCAUUCUAUGCAUAUAUCUCGGUUGACAGAGGAAUAGAUUGGUUUUCUCUAAAUAAGAAAAUCAUUUACGACAAAGUCAAUCUUAACAUUGGUGAUGGCUACGAUGUUUUGACUGGUGUUUUCACUGCACCAUCUAGCGGAACGUAUAUUUUUAACACAGUAAGUGUUGCAUAUAAUAAGUCGUACAUGACACUGUUAUUGAAAAUAAAUGGUAAUACAGCUGAUAUAGCAUUCCCUGAUGCUUAUAACCAUGAUGAUAGGAGUACUGCAACUACUGUCACCAUAGUGAUGUUACUAAAGGGUGAUCAAGUUUACGCUGUAAAUGGAGACAAAAAGGGCGGAAGAAUGAUGGAAAGUGGUGAUCAUGACGCUAGGUGUAGUUUCUCCGGAUACAGAUUAUAUUAACAAUGACCUACGUUAUAAGAUUUAUACAGUUUAUCGUCAUUUACUAAUGUAUUUCUACUGUUGUACAGAUGAAGCUGUAAAGUGUAAAUAAUUAAUAUUUUAUUAUUGUUUGCUAAAAUGGUAUUCUAAUUUGUUUUAAUUUGUCGUCGUACUAUAAAAUGACAGGGAUUUGGUUUACAAUUAAAUAUAGAUUAACAUGAUGUAUGUUGUAAGUGCAUAAAUGCUGACUGUCUAACAUUGUUAAAUGGUGAGUCUGCUUGACACUGGCAACAUUUGUCUCGGAACAGAAAAUUGCAGGUUCGCUUAUUUGGGAGAGAGGAAAGAGUAAUUGGUUUUAUUAAUUAUUUUAAGCUUCAAUUUUUUUUCGCUACAAGUUACUGCAUGUUGUGCAUCCAAUAUAAAUGGAUGGAUAUGCAAAUGAUACAUAGGAUUCAGAAUUUAUUUUAGGAUUCAAAUAUUUAUGAUGGUAUUUGUAAUUUAAUUGGUGUAACACAGGAAUACGGACUCAUCCCUUGUAUUUCACUUUUUUUUUAAGUUUAGAGGUGAAUAUCGUCUGCGAUGGGAUUCAAUAUUAUUUUGAGUAGUUAUUUAAAAGUUUCUGUAAUUAAAACAUUAUGGCGUAUUCAAUAAAAAUGUCUGUGUAUUUGUUUUACAUAAUUUAUGAGACUAAUGAAUAUUUAUCUAA